AAUAGAGAAAUCCAAUGACCUCUACGAAGAAUGUAAGAACAUCAAUGACUCAAAAGGCCAGCAUCUGCGUGAAUUGUCGGAUAGCUUGCACAUUCAGAUGAAGGCUUUCAGAGAAAGGCUUGAAGAUGCCAGAGAAAGAAUCGAAGAUAGUUCUAGAUGCUUCUUGCUACUCGAAUCAUGUCACGACAUUUUAGAAGACGACUGCAAAGAGCAAGAGGAAUUUGUCAAGCUCGCUGAAAAGUCUGGAAAUGAGAGGCUGCUUCAACUCUGUCAGACUGUUAAGAAAAAUGAUGUUUCGGCUGUGUCCAACGAACCGCCCGACAAAGAAGACAAAAACCCGCCCUACUCCUCAGCCGAGAUAAGCGCCUGCAGCACCCCCGUGAAGCCCCAAAACACCCAGAUCCGAAGAAGAUCCGUCAGCUCAUUGGCGUUCAUCUACCACUGCAACCAUCACGCAGCUGGGGAGAUGUGUAACUGUUGUGAAUCGGACACGGAAAACACUGUCUCCUACAAGCUCCAGAGGAAGUACAUCCAGACCCUUCAGUCUUGCACUUGCCCAGCCCUAGGCAAGGACGGCCUGGAGCGAAAGAAUAGCGGUACCUUGGGCGGCAUCAAAGAAGAACGGGAAAGUGUCGAAAAUAUUUUGAAAAAAGUCGAUUCGGAUUGCAAUCGUUGCGAUAGCGGAGUGUCGACCGCGGAAAAUUCGGUAGGAGACGAAAUCGUGUACAGCAAGCGGAAGUUGCAAAGGACAUGUUCGUGCCAGUAUUAUAGGGAAGGCUGUCAUUUGUGUAGUGCGGGAAGUUCUAGUACGGGCUCCAAUCAGGACCAUACGGAACACCAGCAAGAUAGCGUUAUUGAAGAAGGAAGUGACGGAUUCAUGAAAAGCAGUGAAGAUAUUGAGGAUGACCAUUUCAUAGAAGACAGAAGAAAAGUGCCUCCAGUAUCAGCAAAUAAUCAUUUAUAUUGUCACGACUCUACACUAGAUCUGCCUUCAGAUGCCUUGUAUAAUAAUAUGGACCCAAAGACUCAAAAAACCCUAACGUAUAUCAUAAAAGAAAUGGUAGAUACAGAACGUGACUACGUCAAGUCCCUAGAUUACAUAAUAGUCAACUAUAUCCCCGAGCUACAAAGAGAAGACAUCCCCCAAGCUCUUAGAGGUCAGAGAAACACGGUUUUUGGUAAUGUAGAGAAAAUAUACGAAUUCCACAGCCAACAUUUCCUGGAGGAAUUGGAAGAAUGUAUCAGUAAUCCUCUGCAAGUGGGACAAAUAUUCCUCAAGUACGAUAAAAGAUUUUAUUUGUACGCCUUAUACAAUAAGAAUAAACCAAAGUCUGAUUCCCUGAUGUCAGAAUACGGGUCUCUGUUUUUCAAGAGUAAGCAAAUAGAACUUGAAGACAAGAUGGACCUAGCCAGUUACCUAUUGAAGCCAGUCCAGAGAAUGGGCAAAUACGCCCUCCUUCUUCAACAGAUGAUGAAGGCCAUAUCUUUGAUGAAUUCCUCCGAGCGUAGCAUCCAAGAAGUUGAAGAUCUGAAGCAAGCAGAGGAAAUGGUCCGGUUCCAGUUGCGUCACGGCAACGAUUUGCUCGCAAUGGACUCUAUUAGAGAAUGUGACGUGAAUCUCAAAGAACAAGGUCGCCUCCUGAGACAAAACGAGUUCCUUGUGUGGGAAGGGCGAAGCGGAAAGAAAUCCCUCCGGCAAGUAUUCCUGUUUGAAGAUUUGAUUCUGUUCAGCAAAGCUAGAAGAUUUCCAGACCGAAAGAAUCUCGACUUGUACAUCUACAAGAAUAGUAUUAAAAUGACCGACAUCGGGCUGACUGCAAAAAUCGGUGACAGUCCUACCAAAUUCGAAAUAUGGUUUAGAAAACGAAAACCAAAUGACACUUUCACUCUUCAGUCGAUGACUGAAGAGGUGAAAAAGAUUUGGGCUGAGGAGUUAUCGCAGCUCCUCUGGAGACAGGCUAUCAGAAAUAGAGCUGUGAGAAUGGCGGAAAUGUCAUCGAUGGGCAUAGGAAAUAAACCGUGUCUCGACAUCAGGCCGAGUGAUAAUCAGAUCAGCGAUAGAUCUAUCAGUUUUGCUCAACUAAGCCGAACCGUCCCUCGGUUCCGCAACUCUAUUGCCGGCCCCGCAGCGGAAGCCUACAGGAUCGUCAAGAGGCCGCACUCCGUUAUCUCCAUGUCGAGCAUUUCGUCUGGGAGCACCAGCUCCAGCGGAUCCGGUGCGUCCGGUGGAACUCCGGUUUUACAAAUCAACCAGCUAGGCCUCAGUUUUGAUUCCUCAUGUGACAGCCCGAAGCCCUACCACAAAUCAGCCACGUUGAAUAGCCAGUGUUCCGUAGAGAGUGGCAUCAUAACAGAUAUGUCAGUGGGGUCCGAUGAGUUUUCAGAGCAAACACACGCUACUGGUCUUUAGAGUAUUUGAGCAUUGAAUCUAUUUUAUUUUUGUUAUUAUUAUUUGGCUGUUUUAAGUCGAACCACACCAUGUGCCAGGAUAUACUAUACCAAUUAAAUUUAAGUUAUGAAACUGAAAUGAAAUAUAUUUACUACUUUAUUGAUAGAUUGCAUGAAUUUUUAUAGUUGUUUUGCAACAUAUAUUGUGUAAAUAUGAAUCAAUAUUCCAUUA